AUGGUUGCUAAUUGCGAUAAAGAGGUGUCAUUCACGCCAGAAUAUUCGAAUGAGCUACUGGGGUUUAUUCAAAAUACAUAUGAAGAACACAUCAAGCAUUCCUACGCGCAUUUGAAGCUCGAAAAACUGCUAGAUCUGCUGGAGCAUACGGAAUAUCUGUUUGAAUCUUACGUGGAGUUUUUGCAGGAGAAAAAUAGUCAGGAUGCUUUGACAGCAUUCACUAUUGGUUGCUAUUAUCUGUACUUAGUGGUUCCUCAAUCGAUCCAGUUUCAGACAAGGAACAAGUCAUACAGCAUCUUUAAUGAUCUGAAGAAAAUGUACGAGAACCAAGCAAACAUGACUAAUGUCCUUCUGAUGGUAAAGGAUGAGGUUGAUGGGAUCUUGGACAAAAGUGCUAGAGAUCUGAACGAGUUUCAACGAAGUAUAACCAGGAAAAGAGCGUAUUCGGUUCCCGACCGCCAAUUGGCGAAGAGUUUGGCAAAUCUGAAGAUAUCUGACAAUCCGCUACCUGAGGCUGUACAGCAAACUGAUGCCAAACUCGAACAUGGCAAUGCUGAGACGGAGAAAGCUCCUGAUGAAGAUACCACGCAAGUUUGGACCGCACCUUCGCUGGAGCCCAAUGAUCAGCUGAAGCUUGCAUUGGACCCGGCACCUCUGUCGCCCUCGCUCAUGUCUUUGGAUCGGCCUUUGGAAACUGAUCAGUCUGAUGCCACCUCUCUUCAACGGCAUAGUGUGUCAAGACUGAGGCAAGGGAGUGUACCUACGAAACCAGCAAGCCAUUUACCGGAUGGAGUAGCUCGCGAAAAUCCAGAUAGCAUGGUUUUCUUUGAGCAAGACGGUGCAAACGAGAAUUUCUGGAGCGCCAACGUUGACAGACAGCACACGCAUCGGAAAGACUCCUACCAUUCAGUCUACAUGUUUGAGGGAGAGGGAGACGAGCAUUCUGACUCAAUCUCGGAUAGUUUGAUACAAACCUUAGAAAGGUUACAAAAACAGAGCAUAAUUACAGCACCUGAGCUUUUCGCUAUUCUGUCGUCCCCUGAGGAACGCGGCAAGCUUUUGCUAAUUGAUCUAAGAUUAUCAAAGAGAUCUAGGGUUAAUCAUAUUGUGGCGCCCUAUACAGUUGAGAUUGACCCCAGGGACCUGUGGAACGCCCAAACUAAAACACCGGUAUCCAGCUCGGUUGCACUGGACCACAUCAUUAAAAAAUCUGCAUUUCUUGAAAGAGGAUCUUUCGAGUACAUUGUGUACUAUACUGACAUGCGAACUUACAUGACUGUCAAUUUUGAUUACAUGUUCACAUUAUUCUAUUUGCUAACUUCCCCACCAACGGUAAAUUUGAAAAGCCUUCCCACACACUUGCUUGGAGGAUAUGAAAAAUGGAAAAAGCUGAUGAAGAAUUACUCAACUAACUACAAUAUCGAAUUGGGUGAUUACAUAUAUCGACCGUAUGGUGAGCUGAAGAAGAGCGCUCUUGAAGGCGGUGAUAGCAAAUCUCCGGAAAUGCCCCCAUGGAAGCCUCCUGCCGUGCCGCUGCGCAUAAGAAAGCGCCCUCCACCACCUUCAUCUUUGAGCAUGCCAUCUGAAGAGGGUCUUCCAGCGCCACCUCCGGUGCCGCCGAAGAUUUCGCUAGAUCGCGGUAGAGAGUCCGAAUCCAGUUUGCCCGAACAUGGAUUGACGGUGGACUCCGACCCAUCGAAAUCAUCCAAAAAGUUGGCUCGAUCUACUGGUGUGUCGCAUCCACCAAACAAUCAACAGUAUUGGCGCCUGCAAAGACAUUAUUCAAUUCCAACUAUAGAAAAAAGUUCGAACACAUAUGUUUCUCUUUCAAUUACUGGGUUAAGGAAUUUAGGUAAUACAUGUUACAUCAACGGAAUGCUACAGUGCCUUUUCGCCACCACAAAAUUUAGAGAUCUGUUCAUUUCGGGGAAGUACGAAACUUUUCUCAAUCAGAAUUUCAAGAACCAACCUCAAUUGUCCAAGUCUUUCAGCAUACUGUUUAAGAAGAUGUACAUCAAUGGCGGAUGCUCAGUGGUACCGACUGGCUUUUUGAAGGUGCUAAAUUAUCUCAGACCUGACCUAAGAAUUCCGGAUGACCAACAGGACACUCAAGAGUUUCUAAUGGUAGUACUUGAUCGAUUGCAUGAUGAGUUAUCGAAUCAGGCUCUUGUGGCUGACGAAUAUCCUGACCUACUUCUCUACGACCAAGAGCGCAUGAAUGUGCAGAGCAAAGAAUAUAAGAAAUGGUUUGAAGAGCACGUUAUUGGAAAUGGUCUUGCUCCUAUCGAUCACAUUUUUCAAGGACAGAUAGAAAACACUCUAGAAUGUCAGCGGUGUGGCAAUUCUUCUUAUAGUCACUCGACUUUUUAUGUUUUAUCGCUGGCGAUGCCAAAGCCGUCAUCUUCAACAUUUUCGAGAUCUAAGCGGGUGAAACUAGAAGACUGCAUUAAUAUGUUCACUAGUGAAGAGAUACUGUCGGGAGAAAAUGCCUGGAAUUGUCCAAAUUGUUGCGGUCCACUUAAUGCUGCAAGCAACUCCAAGAAAUCUAAAAAAAGGAAGAAGCUGGAUUAUGGGGGAGAGUCUCACAGCAAAAGCAGCAUAUUCAAGCUACAUUCGAAAAGAAGCAGAUCUAAAUCUCCGUUCAGAGUGCUGGGUGGUACCAGGUCUCUCAUGGGUGAUAGAAAGCCAAAAGAACUGACAAGCAAGAAAACUUUAAACUUUAUUGUAGUACCCCCGGUGUUAGUGAUUCAUCUCUCAAGAUUUUACUACGAUCUGACCAAAAAGAAUGAUACUAUCAUCUCCUAUCCACUGAUUCUGAAUAUUGUUCUGAAAAACAACGAGGUUGCUAAAUACAGAUUGUACGGGGUUGUCAACCAUUCUGGUAACCUGAUAAGCGGUCAUUAUACAUCUUUGGUUAACAAAGACCCAAUGCAUAGACUUGACAAGGGAUGGCAGAAAUGGUACUACUUUGACGACGAGAUCGUCAAAGAAGAGACCAAUCAUGGUAACCUAGAGCAAGGCGUGAUAAAAGUCUCUAGUGCUGACGUUUACGUAUUAUUUUAUGAGCGCUUAGAUAACUAG